GCACAGUGGGAAAGGGGAAAAGGGUGAGAGGGAGGUCAGAGAGUUAGACAGGGGCUAGACUGUGUAGAACUUUGUAGGCCGUGGUGAGAAGUUUGGGUUUUAUUCCAAAUGGCAUGGGAAACUGGAGAAGUUUAAGCUGGAGUGGGACAUGACCUGAAUUGUGUUUUAAAAACUCGCUCUGGAUUAUUCUGUGGAGCAACAUAAUAGCCAACAGUGGCUAUAAGGUAGCCACGCUACAAGGUGGAUACUGCUAUUAUCCACACUGGUAAAUGGGGAAGCUCAGAGAAGUUAAGCGAGCUGCCUGAGGCCACACAGCUAUGGAGUAGAAGAGCUGGGAUAGAACCCCAGCAUUCUGGCUUCACAGAGUCAUGGCAGGAAUGGUCACCAACUCCAGCUCUGACUCCAGAAUCCAUGCUCUUAACCCUCAAGGCCCCCUGCCCCAGAACCUGAGGGAAAACAGAGACCCAGAGAGGUUCUCCCAACAACAUUCAGCUUGACCCUGAUCCCUUCCACCUGCCCCUCCUAGCCCUUUGCUGCCUCCUACGUUAAUUCACAGCUAUUGAUUGAGCAUCUCCCAAGGGCAGAGCUGGGCCUGGGUGGAAGUUGGGAAGGGGGGGAGGUGCAAGCUACCUGGGCUAGCUCUGUCCUCCACAGAGAUCCCAGGCUGCUUUCCCGGGCUCCCUGUCUCAGGGAUUGGGCCCCGGGGUGUAGACCUGGAUUCCAGCCCCCGUUCUCCUGCUUCUGGGGUGCAUCACCUAGUCUACCUUUCUGACUCUCAGCAUUCUCACCUAUGAAAUGACCCCCAUAUGAUGCUUCUCACAAGGCGGCCUUGAGAAUGACAUGAGCAAAUGAAUGAAAGGGGCUCGGCUCACCACCUACACCACCUACACGUGGUAAAUGAUCCGUCAAUGCCAUCCCCAACUGCUCCUGCCCCUGUGUGCCUCUGUGUCUUUGCUGGGUGGCCUGACCUUUGGUUAUGAACUGGCAGUCGUAUCAGGUGCCCUGCUGCCACUGCAGCUUGACUUUGGGCUAUCCUGCUUGGAGCAGGAGCUCCUGGUGGGCAGCCUGCUCCUGGGGGCUCUCCUCGCCUCCCUGGUGGGGGGCACCUUCAUCGACCAGUAUGGCAGGAAACAAGCCAUCCUCGGCAGCAACUUGGUGCUUUUGGCAGGCAGCCUGAGCCUAGGCCUGGCUGGCUCCCUGGCCUGGCUGGUCUUGGGCCGCUUGGUGGCUGGCUUUGCCAUCUCCCUCUCCUCCAUGGCCUGCUGUAUUUAUGUGUCAGAGCUGGUGGGGCCACGGCAGCGGGGAGUGCUGGUGUCCCUCUAUGAGGCCGGCAUCACCCUGGGCAUCCUGCUCUCCUAUGCACUCAACUAUGCACUGGCUGGUGCCCCCGGGGGAUGGAGGCAUAUGUUUGGCUGGGCCGCUGCACCUGCUCUUCUGCAGUCCCUCAGCCUCUUCUGUCUCCCUGCUGGUACCACCAAAGCUGCAGCCAACAAGGACCUCAUUCCUCUCCAGGGAGGGGAGGCCACCAAGCUGGGCCUAGGGAGGCCGAGAUACUCCCUUCUGGACCUCUUCAGGGCACGGGAUAACAUGCGAGGCCGGACUGUGGUGGGGCUGGGGCUAGUGAUUUUCCAGCAGCUAACGGGGCAGCCCAAUGUGCUUUGCUAUGCCUCCACCAUCUUCCACUCGGUUGGCUUCCGUGGGGGCUCCUCGGCUGUGCUGGCCUCUGUGGGACUUGGCACGGUGAAGGUGGUGGCUACCCUGGCUGCCAUGGGACUGGUGGACCGAGCGGGCCGCAGAGCCCUAUUACUGGCUGGCUGUGCCCUUAUGGCCCUGUCAGUCAGUGGCAUAGGCCUUGUCAGCUUUGCCGCACCCAUGGACUCUGGUCCGAGUUGCCUGGCCAUGCCCAACGCCACUAGGCUGUCAGGCCUCCCUGGAGACCCUAGCCUGCCGAGGGGCAGCACUCCACUUCCAUUGCCAACAACCAGUGAGAACCAAGGGAAGCCAGUCUUGUCAACCUCUAAGAAAAUCAAGCUUCAUCCCAGAGCUGGGAACCCCACAGCCCCUCCCCUGCAAAUGGCCUUAAGCACUGCCUCCCCUGCAUCCCAUCCUGCCCCAGAGCGUGCCUUGCUGCACUGGACCGCACUGGUCUGCAUGAUGGUCUUUGUGAGUGCCUUCUCCUUUGGAUUUGGACCAGUGACCUGGCUUGUCCUUAGCGAGAUCUAUCCCAUGGAGAUCCGGGGCCGAGCCUUCGCCUUCUGUAACAGCUUCAACUGGGCCUGCAACCUCCUUGUCAGCCUCUCCUUCCUCGACCUCAUUGGUACCAUUGGCUUGUCCUGGACCUUCCUGCUCUACGGGCUGACCGCUGUCCUCAGCCUGGGCUUCAUCUACUCAUUUGUCCCUGAAACGAAAGGUCUGUCAUUGGCAGAGAUAGACCAGCAGUUCCAGAGGAGACGGUUUGCUCUGAGCUUUGGCCACAGGCAGAGCUCCGCCGGCAUCCCAUACACCCGCAUUGAGGUCUCUGCAGCCACCUGAGGAGUCCAUCUGCCUGGAACAUGCUGGAACCGUGGCUGUAGCAGACUCACUCCUCAGCUCCCCGCUUGUCUGGCCCCUGGAACACUGUUUUAGGUGGCUCCAUAAGAGUCAUCUCUGCUCCAGAAGAGGUCUUUGGGGCCCAGGUGAAAGAGGAGAAAGUUUGAGAACCCGAAAGUCUUCAUUUUGAACCUCAGGCUCUGAGAGGCCCUGAGGAUACACCUUCUUGCCUCAGUUUCCCUACUGUCCCUGCACAUCCCCGCAGUACGUAUAAUGAAAACAUCUCAUGGAGUCUGUUGCUCCAUGGGCUUCCUCAAAGAACCUCUAGGGUACCAGCGCCUGGAAGGAAGUCUUCUCUGGUGUCACCCCAAAUCCAGACAAGGAUACUUCAGUCUCUGCUCUCUUUUCCCAUCUGGCUGGGACUUUCUGGUGAGGCGGAAGCCUGCUUCUAUCAUUCACCAACUCAGAUUGGUGGAUAAGAUGUUGAAUUCCAGUCCUGCUUUUCUGGGGUCCUUGCCGUAGGACCAUAGGCCUCGGUUUCCCCAUAUGUACAAUGGGGGACCCUGACCAAGGAGUUCUUAAGAUUGCUUCUGAUGCCAAUGAACUGGAAUUCUAAAUGCUGCUCAUAGAACGUGUAUUCAGCAUGGGCCCUGCCCUCAAGUGACUGGCCAUCUCUUUAGGGGAUGUGAGUUUUACUUAGGGGAGCAAUAAAUAGAAUUCCAGAAUGGUGUGCACUAAAACCCAAGGUGCAGGAAGCAAGCUCCAGGAGCUGUUUCUAGGAUGCUGCAGGAGAACUUUGUAAAAAGGAGGUGGGUUUGGGGGGCCACCAAGCCGGGCUUGUUGACGUUGCCUCGGUCCCCUGGCAGCUGUUGACCUUGGGUGACUUAACGGCUCGGCUCUCACUAGCCUCAGUUCCCACAUCUACAGAAUGGGGAUGAUUAGGCCCCUGGGCGUGUCCUUAACCCCUGCCUUCCUGCAGGAAGGUCUUCAGUUGGUCCCAUUCAGCUGAUCAGGGCCACGGUGUCAGGGAGGUUUCUGCUCACCCUCAGCUACCCAGGUCCCCACCUUUGGGACAUUGUUAAGGGUCACCCCCUGAGGGGUAAGUCAGAUGAGACUGAGCAAGAAUCUUAGAUCUGAGGUCAGUAGAGGAAGAGACAGGCAAGAGUGAGUUCCCGGAUGCCAAGGAACAUGAAGAGCUGGUGUGGGACAAUGCUUUGUCAUCUGUGCCUGCUCCACACCUAGUGGACUCUGGCCCCUCGACCUCUCUCCUCUUGUUCUAGAUGCUUCCCUUGUACCCCGUGGUAUGCUGGAGGCCCCUCAUACUCACUUGUGAGAGCCCGUUGUUAAGUUUUCGAGACUUUUGCCAGCUGGUUGUUAAACAUAGCCGUUUAUAGAUAUUAAAUUAUUGAAUAUUUCAAUAAAUUAUAUUAAAAAUAAAAGUA